GAAUGAGAAGUAGUCGACGAAGAAGACGCUGUCCGUGAUGCUGUUCCUGUCACUGUGCGCAAAUGCGCAUCCAACAGCACAGACCUCCGGUGGAUAACGAGAAAACAAACACUAGCAGGCUGGGAAACGACACGUUAGGGCGGAAGAGAAAACAGCGCUUGAGGGGGAAGACAGAAACCAAGGGGAAAGUCUGUGACACGGCAGCGACCAUGGUGGGCGAACGCCGCAAUGGGAACCUGCUGGUCCAGCUCGGCCCGAGGCUGCAGGCAUAUCCUGAGGAGCUGAUCCGUCAGCGCCGCACCCAUGAUGGCCAGACGGAGUACCUGAUUCGCUGGUGCCUCGUCACCAUCGAUGACGGCUCCAGCACCGGGGGUGGGGCCAGCGAGGCCGGAGGGACGGGCGGUGGCGGCUCGGGGGUGGGCGGGUCCAGCGGCUCCACAUCUGGCGAAACCAAACCGGAGAACAUCCUGAUGUGGAUGUCGACGGAGGACGUGUACGCCAACUGCCCCACCCUGCUGGGCAAGAGGAAAACGGACACACAGCGCCCCCUGCAGCCGCAGGAGAAGCAGCAGGGCGGCGAGAUGGCCGACGGAGGCCAGAGGAGCGGCGGCGAGUUCCCGGCCGACGUCACCUUCGAUGAGGUGGAGCUGUCGGACAUGAAGGAGGACGUGAAGAACCUGGUGCGGCGAGCCCGGAAGCAGAUGGCCAAGAAGAGCGACUUCUCCAUCAGCAUCACGCACACCAUCCACGUCCUGAGCGCCUACGCCAGCAUCGGCUCGCUGGUCGGCGUCUUCAAGGAGACGGGCGCCCUCAACCUGCUGAUGGAGCUGCUGUGCAACAAGGAGACACAGACCAGACGUAGCGCCGGGAAGAUGCUGCGAGCGCUCGCAUCACAUGACGCAGGAAGUCGAGCCUACGUGCUGCUGUCUCUCAGUCAGCAGGACGGCAUCGAGCAGCACAUGGACUUUGAUAACCGCUACACUCUGCUGGAGCUGUUCGCUGAGACCACGUCAUCGGAGGAGCACGGCAUCUCCUUUGAAGGCAUUCACCUGCCGCAGAUUCCUGGGAAGCUGCUGUUCUCUCUGGUGAAGCGUUACCUGUGCGUCACGUCUCUGAUGGACAAACUCAACACGGCGGGGGCGGAGUCAAGCUCUGACAGACAGGACGCCAGCCCCUCCCCCGCCUCCACCUCCUCCUCCAGCACCGCCCACCAGACGGAGCACCUGCGGGUGCAGCGGGAGUUCGACUUCACCAUGGCCAUGGCCAACCUGAUCUCGGAGCUUGUCCGGGUGAUGGGCUGGGACCGGAACCGCCAGCCCCCCGAUGGCUCCACCCACCGCCCCGGAGGAGGCGGGGUCUGUGGGGAGGAGCAGGCGGACGAGGGGUCCCGCCCCGUCCUCAGGUCCAUCUUCCAGCCUCGGUUCUGCGCCUCCCCCGUCACUAUCACCGCCAGCUCCUCUGUCGCAGCGCCUGUUGCCACGCCACCAAAGAAGAAGACAGGAAAUGGAUUCAAGACGCGCUCUGACUUCGCCAGCCGCUCGGCCUAUGUGGAGUAUGUCCAGGACAACCUGAAGAGCGGCAUGAUGGUCCGCAUGCUGGAGGACUACGAGGAGGUGAGCGCCGGGGACGAGGGAGAGUUUCGCUACAGCAACGACGGCUCGCCACCUGUUCAGGUGUACUGGAACUCCCUGUCCAGGACUUACUGGGUCCACUGGCACAUGGUGGAGAUCCUGGGCAGCGGCAGCAGCAGUCAGGCCGAGAAGGAGACGCAGGAGAAAGCCUCGUCUCUCACAGAGACGCUCAAACUCACCGCAGUGAGCCAGACGUUCUUCUCGAAGCCUCCCGGCGGCCUCUACUCUCUGCCCUACCUGUCUGAGGGUCUGCAGAUGGAGCCCACGGCUCUGAGCAGAGCCGAGUGGUGGGAGAUCCUCUUCUUCAUCAAGAAGCUGGAGCCCAAACAGCAGCAGGAGGUCAACGGCGUCCUGCUGCAGAGCCUCGACGACCAGGACGGCGAGCUGGACGACUCGUCUCUGAUCAGCCUCUCCGUCCCCGGAGACGUGGCCAAGAAGCUGCUUCACUACCUGAAGCAGAAGCUGCCAUCAUCGUGCCUGAGCGACCUGCUCUGCUCCCACGCUUUCUCCAAACACUACCUGAGGAGAGGAGGAGGAUGUCUGGAGGACGAAGAGCUGCUGGCUGAAAGCUCUCUGGGCUCGUCAGGUUUGGGAGGAGCAGGUGGAGGAGGAGGAGGAGGUGGAGGAGGAGCACAGAGCUGCUCGUCUUCAUCGGCAGCCUCGGCCUCCUCUUCCUCAGCGAUGGGCUCCGUCUCUAAGAAAGCAAAGAAGGAGAUUCCUGCAGAUUCAGGCCUCGGCAGCUCAGAGACGGAGAGCGAGCUGCCGACAGAGGACGACAGCAAAUACCCCGAUGACCUGGAGGAUAAGAUGAAAGUGUUUAACAACCCGCGAGUCCAGGGGAAGAAGACGGCGCUGGAGAAGCUGGGGGAGGUGGUGGACAUCCUGAGGAAGGGGGGGUCGGGCUCAGACCAGGCCCAGCAGCUGGCCGCUGUCCUCUUCAUCACCAGGCUGCUGGAGGAGAAGGGGUCCCAGGAGAAAAACUCCAUGAGGAGCGACUCUGCCCAGACCAUACGGGACAAGGUGCUGAAGCUGCUGGUGGAGCUGCUGGGUUCGUCCUCCAAAGACCUGGUGGUCAGCACGCUGAGACUCACCCACCUCCUCAUGCUGAAGUACGAGUGGAGGGUCUCCUUCGCCACAGAGGGCGGAGUUAAAGCCAUCCUGUCCUGCAUGCAGGAGUUCUCCUCCGUCACACACGUUCAGCAGCUGGCGCUCGCGACUCUGAAGGUGAUCACUGGAGCCAGUAAACACGACCUCCGCAGCGUCGGCAGCAGUCUUCCUCUCUCUGAGUCCGGCACUCAGAUGAUGUUGGAGAUCUUCGCCAGCAUCGGCUCAGCCACGCCCGAGGGCUCCAGAGGCCUGCUGGGAGCCAUCCCCGCCGCCAUCGACCUCAUGCUCAACACUAAAGGCUGCAUGCUGUCGGUGCGUAACGGCCUGCUCGUCAUCAUCAUGCUCAUCUCCAACCAUAAGAGCCUGGCGGAGCAGCUGGUGGCCUGCGACGUCACCGCCGUCCUCAAGAAGUGUCUGACUCUGUCCCGAGCCGAGACCAUGCUCGCCAUCAUCGCCCUCAACCACAUCUCCAUGGUCCACAAGUUGGAGAGCAAAGAGUGUCGUGAGCAGCUGGACUUUAAAGACACGGAGCUGCAGAUGUUGGUGGUGAGUCUGAAGGAGCUGACGGCCACGAAAGAGGUGAUCCAGACUCUGGAGCAGCUGCUGUGUGACGACGCCUCACAGCUGGAGGAGGAGCGCAGCCAGGUGACUCACAGUCGUGACACCUACCAGGACCUGGUCCGUCUGAUGGAGCAGCACCGAGCCGACCGGGCUGUGCAGCUCUCCAUCCUCAGGAUCCUGAACAAGUUUCUGGAGAACUACCAGGAGGACGUGCUGCCGUGGCACGAGAGCAUCGAGCCCUGCCUGUCCUCCAUGACGGCCUUCAUCAACGACAGAGAGGUGGUUCAGCUGUUCAUCCGCUUCCUGUACCGGCUGGCGUCUCUGAACAAAGACUACGCGGUGGUGAUGUGUCGUCUGGGAACCAAAGAGGCUCUGGUGAAAGCUCUGGACAAACACAGCACCAACCUGCUCCUGGUCACUGAGCUCCGAGACCUCAUCACGGACUGUGAGAAGUACGCCAGCCUCUACAAGAAGAUGACCACCAGCGUCCUCGCAGGGUGUAUCCAGAUGGUGCUGGGUCAGAUCGAGGAGCAUCGCCGCAGCCAUCAGCCAAUCAACAUCCCCUUCUUUGACGUGUUCCUCAGGAAUCUCUGCCAAGGGUCCAGUGUGGAGCUGAAGGAGGAUAAGUGCUGGGAGAAGGUGGAGGUUUCGUCCAAUCACCAUCGAGCAAACAAACUGACCGACAAGAACCCGAAAACAUACUGGGAGUCCAACGGCUGCACGGGCUCACACUUCAUCAACAUCUACAUGCACAAAGGAGUCGUCAUCAGACAACUCGCCAUCCUGGUGGCGAGUGAGGACUCGAGCUACAUGCCAGCCCGGAUCCUGGUUCUGGGAGGAGACGACCCGACCAACAUCAACACGGAGCUCAACACAGUGAACGUGACUCCGUCGGCCAGUCGAGUGGUUCUGCUGGAGAACAUGACCAGGUUCUGGUCCAUCAUCCAGAUCAGGGUCAAGAGAUGUCAGCAGGGUGGUAUCGACACCCGGGUCCACGGGUUUGAGGUUCUGGGUCCGAAGCCGACGUUCUGGCCGGUGUUCAAGGAGCAGCUGUGCUGUCGGACCUACCUGUUCUACAGCACCAAGGCCCACACCUGGUGUCAGGAGGUGAUGGAGGACAAGACGCAGCUGCUGCAGCUCUUCAACAAACUGAACAGCGCUCUCAGACAUGAGCAGAUGUUUGCGGAUCGUUUCCUGCCGGACGCUGAGGCGGCUGAAGCUCUGGGUCGAACCUGCUGGGAGGCUCUGAUCACCCCGAUCGUCCACAGCAUCACACUGUCAGAAUCCUCGGUGUCCAGCCCUCUGUCCUGGCUGCUCAGUGAGUACCUGGAUAACGCCGAGUCGGCCCGCCGCUGUAAGAGCCGGGCGGCCAUCUUUAACUCCAGAGUGAGACGUCUCACUCACCUGCUGGUCCAUGUGGACACGAGCCGACCGGACGGUGAGGAGCUGAAACCGCCCGUCAAAUCCAAAGGUCUCAACAGAAGCAAAGAGCUGAAGAACGGCAAAGAGGGUAAAAACAAAGACACCGCCGCUGCCUCUUCUUCCUCCUCAUCUUCCUCAGCCAAGCCCAAAGUGAAGAGCAGCAGCAGCAUCGCAGGCAUCGCCCUCUGUUGGCAGGGGGUGGUACAGCGGCAGGUAAAGAAAUUCCUGGAGUCGAGCUGCAGUCUGCUGGAUUUCGUGGAGCGUUACCGGACUCUGUACCUGCGGCUGAAGAACGCCAUGGAGGAGCUGUUUGGACAGCAGACCGCCUUUGUCCUCGCCCUACGACACGGCUUCUCUGCUGCACUGCUGCAGCUCUCCAUCCUCAAAGCUAUGCAUGUGAGCGAGCGUUUCGCUCAGUACAUCGAUCAGAUGAUCCAGGCGAGCGGCGCGGCGUCCGGCAGCGUGGAGACUCUGGAGCGACUGCAACAGUUUCUGGAGCCAAUGCUCUUCCUGUCGGGCCUCGAGCUCGCCAACACCUUUGAGCACUUUUACAGGUACUACCUGGGCGACCGGCUGCUGGCUCAGGGGAAUGUGUGGUUGGAGAGCGCUGUGAUCGAUCAUAUCGGCAGCUGCUUCCCGAGUCGCUUCCCUCAGCAGAUGCUGAAGAACCUGAGCGAGUCGGCCGAGCUGCAGCAGGAGUUUCACCUGUACAGGUUGCAGCAGCUCGACCGCCGCCUGCAGGAACACGACCAGAUGAUGGAGGAGGAGUGGGGCGGAGUCAGAGGAGGAAGCAGACGUCCAGGUUCUGGUUCUGUCUCCACGUUGCUGGGCUGUCUCCUCGCUCUGCUUCCUGGACGAACCAACAAAACAUUUUCCAGCUGAACUCUGCUCCUACCUGAACCAGUUCACCCAGUUCUACACUCACAGUCAGUACCAGUUUCCCCAGAACC